UCGGGAGCCUCAGAGGACAGAAAAUCAAUGCGCAGAAUGGAAAACCAACCUGGCAGAUCACAGGCCCAGUAUGACCAGUGUUCAGCAACUGAAGCUGCUCAGCAUUUCAUGUCCUUGCUCACCAGAGCAAUUCCUGAAGAUCGUAGACAGGUUCAGAGUACGAGUUUGGAGGGACCUACUGUUGCGUUUGAGAUGGCCAGAUCCUUCCCUGGAUUUGUCAAACGCAAUGGAAAAAACCGAAGUCAUCCCUUUAGAAGACCAGCAAAUGUUGUGAAGACGUGGAAGCCACUUGAAGUACCAUUUUUCUUGCUUGGUUCAAAAACGGACACAACUCCAUCCAUAUCUGCCGAGCUGGAGCUCAUGCAAGCAGGGCUGGGAAAGAGGGCGUUGUCUAUCACAUCUGACUUAACGCAUGCAGAGUUAUCCAGUUCACCAAGGACAGCAUAUCCGAAGAUGAAUGAUCUUCAAGACAGAUGGCUUCUUUUCAAAGCAGCAGGCGGAAAUGGCAGGAGAAAACUGUCUGCAAUCGCAUUAGAGGCAGAGGGAUACACUGGUUCUGUCAUCAAAAGAGUCUCAGGUGGAGGAAAACAGCUGUUAUAUAUAGUGCCCCUCCAAGAUGAGCUAGAUUUAACACCACUACCAGCAGAUGCACCGGAAUUUGCACGUAUGCCAACAGCAACAUGCAAACAAUACAAGACAGUGAUGCCAUUACAGAUGUUGGCUCUGCACAUUGACCACUGCAACAACACAUCAAACUCGGAAACUGAGGAGGACGAUGUGGUGUUCCUGGAAGAAGCAACAUCUCCUAACCCAGUCCUAGGACCUUGUACAGACGCACCAUGGUCCAAUGAGCAACAUUGCUUUCAGCAGGCAGGUGAGGUCCAAUGUCCAAUAUGCACAAGAACAUUUCCAGUGUCAGACAUAGAACUACAUGCAAGCUUCUGCGGUGAAAGUAGUAUGGGAAAGGAUCUUUGCCAGCUUGACACAGUCAAGAUAUCUGGAUCUGGAUCAUAUAUCAUGCGAUGGCUGCUGGGAUCGAGAAGCCAAUAUUUGAAGGCGAAAGUGAGAAUGCCAAAGUACCAAAGUAUUCCCUCAACAAUUUGGACAACUGUUCAAGUAUGUUAUUCUUAUUUCUAGCACUUAUAAUUACUGAUUAUUAUUAUUAUCUGAUGGACACCUUCGCAAGAAUACUUUCAUGAGUGAAAAUAUUAGGGAUGUACCGAAAUGAAAAUUCUUGGCCGAAAACCGAAAAUGAGGAAACCAAGGCCGAAAACCGAAAACCGAAUCACCGAAAGAAAUUAUUAUGACAAUUAUUAGUACCAUUUAGGGUUGCCGCGGUAUACGGUAUUUGGUUAAAAAGCUUAAAAGUUCGGCAGUUUGUCUUUUCACUGUUUUAUUUUUGAUGUGUAUGUAACCGGCCUCAUUCAAGCAGCCUCCAUUAGGUGACGACGGAGAAGUAGGACACAGGGUUGAUCUCCACACAAACACUUUUAUUUUCUCUGUGUCACACAAACAGUAGGGGGCGCAACCGCCGUCAGAUUAGCUUGUGGAAACCAAUUAUUCGGUUGACGUCAGCCCACCGCAAGCAUUUAUAAUAUAAACGUUUACAAAAUCUCAAUAAAAAACACAGAAAUAAAACAUACAAAGAAACCCCUAAUGGGAAAUGUACAUACAGUGACCCACCUGUGUCACACAAACAGUAGGGGGCGCAACCGCCGUCAGAUUAGCUUGUGGAAACCUGAACACAACGUGGUCGGAUGAAAUAUAUCAACGGGCAUCCCACACAUCAGCUGACACUACCCCCCACCCUCGCAAUGUACA